GGCAGCUACCAGCUGGCUGAGGAGCUUGGUGAUGCUGCAAAUAUACUUAGGGACUCUGAAGCUCAAAACGUGAACCAACCUGAUGGUUUCCCAAGCCUUGUCAUUGCUGACUUCAAACCGUUCCAAAUUCCAUUCCUGGGCUUGGAUUCUCUCAAGGCAGAGCCUGUCGAGGCUGGGGCAUCUCCAUCCAUCCCCCAGGCUCCUCCUGCAAACCAAGAACUCCCAACAAGGGCAGGAAUCUUUACCGCUGUUCAAAAAGCCUCUGAGACUGCCUGCUUAGCCUCUACUUCUCUGGAGGUGCACAAUUGUGGUGCUUCAAUGGCUCUUCCGCCUUCAGAAACUUCAACUUCCAAGGGCAAGAGUCAAACAAAUGAAAUGAAAAUCUCAACCACUGAACAAGAAGCUGGUGAAGCUCGCUCGCCUAAUAAUGGCCGCCUUCCUCCUACUCCUGCACCAUCAGUAAAUUGUAACGUUCUCAGCUGCAAUGGAACGAGAACUGUCCCUGCAACGCUGGAGGCUUCUUUUAAGGUGGAAGAGGCGCACAAUUCUGUGGAUUUUGGACGUUCUAAGCAUCUUUGCAUCAAAUUGAAUGAAUGCAGUGAAUUAACUCGCAUUCAUGUUUCCGAAAGCUUCAAAUACGUUUGCACUGAAGAAAAUGAAAAUAAUAUUUGCUCAGGAGAAAUAGCAUUUCCAGAGCCUCAUCCUAAGCAUGUGAGCGAAGAUUCAGAGCGACCUAAACUGCGCAGUGAAAAAGUGGGCAAAAGUGGAGGACCAAAUUCAAGUGAAGAGAAUAAGUCAAACUUUCCUAAAAAUACUGAUUGUCUGCGAAGGACAUCCCUCAAUCGUUCUAAGCGUCUAAAUGCUUCUAUGAAGGAGGCAAUUUCUUCCACAACCUCCCACGUACGUCGUAACAAAGAGAAGACUCGCAAGUGUCAUUGCCAGACGUGCAAGCGCGGGUUCUACCAGAAAGCCCAACUAGAACGGCACAUAAAAUUGGUGCACAUGAAUUUGAGGGAUCACAAAUGUUCGCAGUGUGAUUACGCUGCAAGUUCUCGCUGGCAUCUCAAGAAACAUGUUGAUGCGGUGCAUCUGAAAAUAAAGAAAUAUGAGUGCGGAGUUUGUCAAUACCGCGACGCUAAGAAGUCUGGGCUUAUAAGCCAUGUUGCUCGUAAACAUCCUUGGUGA